CUCUACCUACCCUAAAAACUUCUAUAUAUACAAUACUAUACUUGUUACCUUAAUCGCAAAAUACAUCAAACUAAUUAUACAAAUACAACACGAUAAUUAAUCUUCAUAAAAUGGCUCGUUCCUUGGUCUUUAUGUUCAUCAUGCUCUUCUACAUCACAAGUUCAAAAGCUUGUGAUCGAUGUGUUCAUCAAUCAAAAUCUGCGUACUUCUUCCAUGAUUCACCACUUUCAUCUGGUGCAUGUGGGUAUGGAUCUUUGGCUUUGAACUUCAGUAGAGGAUUUAUUGCAGCUGGUGUUUCUUCAUUGUAUAAGAAUGGUGCUGGUUGUGGUGCAUGUUUUCAGAUAAGAUGCAAGAACACAACUUUGUGUAGUAAAGCAGGGACUAAAGUGGUAAUGACUGAUUUGAAUACAAAUAGCAAGAAUGAUUUUGUGCUAAGUAAAAGAGCUUUUAAAGCCAUGGCCAAUACCGGAAAGGAUCAAGAUGUUCUAAAGCUUGGCAUUGCUGACGUGGAAUAUAAAAGGAUACCAUGUGAUUAUAAAGGUCAAAAUUUGGCUGUUCGAGUUGAAGAGUCAAGCCACAAUCCUGGUUACUUGGCAGUUAAAAUUCUCUACCAAGGUGGUCAAACUGAAAUUGUAGCAAUUGAUAUUGCUCAGGAGGGUGCACCUAAUUGGACUUUCAUGAGCCGAAAUUAUGGGGCCGUGUGGGACACAAGCCGGGUACCAAAUGGGCCUUUGCAGUUCAGAUUUGUAGUAACAUCGGGUUACGAUGGCAAGUAUAUUUGGGCCAAAAAUGUCUUACCUGCAGACUGGAGGCCCGGUGUUAUUUAUGAUACAAAAGUCCAAAUAACUGAUAUUGCUGAAGAAGCCUGCUCUCCUUGUGAUGAUACCAAAUGGAAAUAAUGGAAUUGCUUGGCAUACAUCCCUUAAUUUUUAUGUCCUUAUGUACUCAUAUAUCAAACUUACGUUUUCUUGUUCAUAGAAUAAAUUUAAACAAAAUCAAUACAAUAUAUUUGAUUAUUUGUAA